AUGGUGGUUGGUGGUACCGAUACAUCUACAAACACGAUAGAGUUUGCGAUGGCCGAGCUUAUAAGAAACCCACAGUUGAUGAAAAGAGCGCAACAAGAGCUAGACGAAGUGGUAGGAAAAGAAAACAUUGUUGAAGAAUCACACAUCACUAAACUUCCUUACAUACUAGCCAUUAUGAAAGAAACACUUAGACUUCAUCCAACCAUUCCUUUGUUAGUCCCUCACCGUCCAGCUGAAACUGCCGUGGUGGGCGGUUACACUAUCCCUAAAGACACUAAAGUUUUCAUCAAUGUUUGGUCUAUCCAAAGAGACCCAAACGUGUGGGAGAAUCCGACUGAGUUUCGUCCCGAGAGGUUUCUUGAUAAUAAGUCUUGUGAUUUUACUGGAACUGAUUACAGCUUUCUUCCGUUUGGAUCUGGUCGGAGAAUUUGCGCCGGUGUAGCCCUCGCUGAGAGGAUGGUUUUGUACACUCUCGCGACGCUAUUACAUUCGUUCGACUGGAAGAUUCCCGAAGGACGUGUGUUAGAUUUAGAAGAGAAGUUUGGCAUUGUCUUGAAGCUCAAGACCCCUCUUGUUGCCUUGCCGGUUCCCAGGCUGUCCGACUCGAAUCUUUAUCUAUAA